CAGAGGAGGGCUCGCUCGCCGCGGUCACGAGAGCUCCGGGAGAGUGACGUCACUUUCCCAAACCGGGCAGCGGCCGUUGAGUUGAGUUGAGUCCCAAACGAGAGACAAGCGGGAGUCCACCAACAGCUCAACUUUUAAUGAAUGCGGGCCGAGGAGAGCCGCUGUGCAGGGUCGCACCGGUUUCUCCUUCUUUAUGCAUCCUUCUGCUCGACAUAGCUUUACAAAGGCUCGCUGUUUUCCCACUUGCUACAAAAAAAAAAAGCGAUUGUCUUUUCUUUUAUGUGUCUUGCGCUCCCCGCGACUCUCAACACAAGAACCCUGUCUCGACUGAGCGAGUGAGUGACUGCAUGGGUCAGACUGAACAUGAAGAGCCUCAAAGCCAAGUUUAGAAAAACUGAUACCAAUGAGUGGAACAAAAAUGAUGAGCGCCUGCUUGCUGCGGUGGAACAUGGCGAGGUGGAAAAAGUCGCAUCCCUUCUUGCCAAGAAAGGUGCCAAUCCCGUAAAGCUGGACAGCGAGUGCAAAUCAGCUCUUCAUGUAGCUGUUGCUCGUGGUCAGACAGACUGCCUGUCUGUCAUCUUGGCUCAUGGAGUUGACCUGUCAAUCACUGAUGCUGCUGGUUUUAGUCCUUUACACCUGGCUGCCAAAAACAACCACAUUGAAUGCUGCAGAAAACUCAUUCAGAGUAAAUGUCCCAUCGAUGGUGUAGACAGCUCAGGAAAGACUGCUCUGCAUCACGCUGCUGCCAGCGGGAACAUCCAGAUUGUCCAACUGCUGUGUGAACUCAAAAGCCCCAUCAACCUUAAAGACGCAGAUGGUUUCACUUCCUUGCUGUUGGCAGCCAAACACAAUCAUGUGGAAGUAUGCAGCACUUUGCUGGACUGUGGUGCUGAAAUCAACACUUCUGACAGCAGUGGCAGGACGGCCUUGAUGCUUGCUGCUGAGUCCAAUGCAGCGUCUGUUGUUGAAGUCCUGCUUCAGAGAGGAGCAGACUUGUCGGCCGUAGAUGCAGAAGGCCACGAUGUCUUACAUUACGCUAAGGUGUCAGGCAGCUCUGAAGCCCAAACUGCCCUCUCAGCUGCUCUAAACAGACUGGUCUCAGAUACAAAGUCUCCUAGAAGUCCCCAGCAUGAUCAAGUAGCUAAGCUAAGCGAUGAACGGAUCAUAACUCCCAAAAAACGAAAAGCACCUCCACCUCCCAUUAGCCCACCGCAGAGCUCUGGACCCUCGUCCCCAUCAAUCGUUACCUCUACUGGCACUCCAGCAUCCAACAAAAGUGACACUCCCAAGAGGUUCAACUACAAGGAAGAUGAGAUCAGAGGAACAACACUGAAAGAGGAGGUUGAGAAGGAGAGAAACAUGCUGCUGGAGACGAUUGAAGACCUUAAGCAGACGGUGGAGACGGUGACUGUUCCUGAGCUGGAUACGAAGGCCGAGCAAAGUUUUACAGCGUCUGCUGCUCUGGUUUCUGCUCUCCAAGCCAAGAUCACGGCUCUGACUUUGGAAAACCAGCAACUUGCAAGCAAGCUUAAGAAGCAUCCAUCCCUCCAAGGAAAUGAGGACCUGAAGGAGAUCAGUCGUCCAAACAGCAUGGCUUCCAACUCCUCCUUCCACUCUACCCAGGAUGAGUUUGAAUCAUUGCCACCAGUGCCCUCCACUACCGAAGUGGAAGGGGAAGAUCCAGGAGUUGACUCUGUGAUACUGGAGGAAGAACAGAGGGAGAGAGUGCAAGGAGGGGGUGAAGAGGAGAUCCGAUUGUUGAGACAGGCACUACAGAAAGUUCAGAUAAAACUGCUUGAAACCAGGAAGGAAAACCAGUCUCUUCAGGCUCAGCUGAAACCUGAGGGAAGCAGAGAAAGAGAGGAGAAUGAAAAAGAGCGGGGAAGAGAGAAAGAGUUAAUGGAGAGUCUAGCAGAGCUGCAGGCGAAGCUGACUGACACUCAGGAGAAAUACCACCAAGCUGUUGAGGAAGUGGAGAAUCUGAGAGCACAGGUGGGAAGGAGGGAAGGCCAGGAGAGCCAGAAACAUACAUCACCCACACUUGAACAUGAAAUAACACAUCUAAAGGCCCAGCUCGCCCAGUCCGAAUCAGAGCUGGAUAAAGGAACACAACACAUCAGACGGUUGGAAGAUGUGGUGAGGAAGACAGAGGAGGACAGACAGAUUGCUAAAGAGAUGGCGCAGCGGACAGCACAGCUUGAGGAGGUGUAUAAGGAGGCACAGGAGGAAGUCAAGGUGCUCCAGGAGGCUCUCAGGGGCACAGUACCUGUUGAAGCUGCAGCCAAAGACUUUGAAGAGAUGAAGGCUGAGCGAGAUGAAGUGAUCGCUGGGCUGCAGCGCCGCUUGCUGGAACUCUCACACUCCUACAGUGAAACCAAAAGUCAGCUGAGUACCACUCAGAAACAGCUGGCUGAAGCUCAAGCUGAGAGCAGUACGGCCUCCUCACCCACUUGGGAACAACAAAUCCAGGUGCUAAACAGUAAGGUGGAGGAGCUGCAGACGCUGCUAGCCGAGGCAGAGAAGAAACAUUCAGGCGCUCAAGAGGAGAUUUCACUACUGAGGAAGGAGGCAGAGGCUCAGGCACAGAGCUCCGUGGCUCUUGCCGAUCACACGCAGGUGAUGUUGUCCCUGGGUAAUGCCAUCAAAGAGCUGGAAAGUGAGGCUGAAGCCCUGAGAGAGGAGCUGCAUCAAAAGACAAUGCAGGUGGAGGCUCUUCAACACAGGCUGACAGCUGAGAAGGAUGUCACCCCAGAUGACUCAGUCUCCCGUGGUGAGCAUGACACAAUGCAUGAGCGGCUGGAAGGUGAAGUGAACCAUCUGACGCAUCUCCUCCAGGAGGCCCUCAGGAAGCAGGAUGAGAUGGCUCUAGAGGCCGCUGAUGCCUGGCAGAAGGCACGGGAUAAUGGUGCAGAGCGGGAAGCCCUGCAGGAGCUAGUGAUGUCCAAGGAGAAGGAGAACCAGAUGCUGACCACUAAACUGGCCGAGUCCCAGGAUGCUGUGUGUCAGCUCAAACAGCUGGUGGAGAAUCAUGUUUCCUCAGAGAGAGAAAAGAAUAAGCGGAUAGAUGACCUGUCUCGGGAGGUGGUGAAACUGAAGGAUGCCUUAAACAGCCUGUCACAGCUCUCCUACAGCUCAUGCUCCCCCUCCAAACGACAGCAGCAAAACCAGCAGCUCGAGACGAUGCAGCAACAAAUCAAACAACUGCAGUACCAGCUCGCUGAGUCAAAGAAGCAACACAAUGAAAUAGUGUCAGUUUACAGAAUGCACCUCCUCUAUGCUGUCCAGGGUCAGAUGGAUGAGGACGUUCAGAAAGCCUUGAAGCAGAUCCUGAUGAUGUGCAAAAUGCCAAGCCAAGCCAAGGAGGCCUCCUGAGACACGCAGGGAGUGGUUUACCAAAAGCAUGUUGUCAGACACACGGUGCCUCUGGAUGAAGCUUGAGGAUUUGUUUAUAAGGAACUGGUUUACAAUCAGGUGUUCUUUGCCUUUUUCUAAUGUCAUUUUGACCCAGUUACCUAAUGUACACCUGGUAUCAACAUGCCCUGUGUGUCUAGUUAGCUUACAGAGUGUGGCUAAGGAGUGAAUACAGGUUUGAAGGAAAAAAGACACAAGUUGAAAGGUCACCUAACACCUCUUCCUGCUGACAAAAGUAAAUGAUAGCAGCACCACUGUAAUCUGAACAUGAAUGUGGUUGAAGUCAGCCAUGCUUAUUAAUCAAAUUCGCAGGCACAAUCAAGACCAGGAUAAGUGCAAACAGGCCGUCAGGAUCUAGAUAUAGAGUGUAUGUUCAUACCGGGUGUAAAAUGGGGCGUUAACGUUCUGGUGUUUGUCAGGCCAGCGUUGUGCUCAUCAGCUCACUGAUGAUAAAGAGAGGAACCAGGUGUUUAGCACAUGUGUACCAGCCAAAUUUAAAGUGUGCGCACGUUAACACUACACUGAAAAUGUGCAGUCACCUUAAGUCACACGCAGUCGUACACGUGCACCGAUUGGCCCAGUGAAAACGCUGAGUCUGUUUCUGUCCCACCGUGCGCUCUGAAAUAUAAAGGAGCUGUUAAUAGUAUCUAUUUUCUGAUACAGCAGUGUUAGUGUUAUUUCAGUUCAUUCUUAAAUGACUGUCCAUAUUUCCCUGAUGGAGUCAAAGUUAUUUGUGUCGUGUGAACAAUUGCAUGAGUCUUUGCUCAACAGCAGCACAAAAAUUAUGGCCGCACUUGUAUGAAGAAAAAAGCAAAAUGCUGUUCGAUAUUUUCCUAUCAGGCAAAAAUCUGUACAAAAAAUGAUAUAUUUUAUUGAGCUGUUUUACCUUGUCGUGUUUUAUAAGUUACUGUACUUAAUGACAAGCACUGAUGGCUUUGCCUCAAUGUCCCUGUUUUGUGUAACCCCCACCCGAGUAUAACACACUAUUUGUUCUAGUGACACCUGCAUUAGUACAUUUUCCUCUUAAUAUUGUUUUUAUUUUAUUUUAUUUUGCAUAUGAGAGGUUAACUGUUUACUGAAGUAAAAUUGUAACAAAGGUCCAGUGGUAUGAGCUGAAUAUUUUUGUCUUUCCACAAUCUCUUACAUGAAAAGCAUGUAAAAUGUAUUGCUUGAUAUCAAAAUGGUUGAGUUUUCCUAUCAUGUGCCUGUAAUCAGUAUUUUUUUUGGCUCCACCAGUUUCAACAGGCUUCUUUAUACCACCCUUUAAUUUAUUUGCAUUUACCAGGAAUGGUGUUUUUUUUCCUCCUUUCUUCCAGUUUGUAAUACUCUUCUCUUUCCCUCAGCGCUCCUUUGUGUGUGUGUGUGUGUGUGUGUGUGUGUGUGUGUGUGUGUGUGUGUGUGUGUGUGUGUGUGUGUGCAGGAAGACGCUGUACUGUGUUUGAGAAUUUUUUGACUGUGUCUUCUAGAGACUUCUGAACUGUUUUCACUCCACACUUCUUUGCCUUAGCACUAUUCUUAGAGCCGCACACUCUUAGGGAUCACCUUUUUAGAGGACGCUUAAAAUACACACAACACGUUCACUGUUUAACUGCAGUCAGAUUGAAUUGAUAUGUAUCUGAGUGACUGACCUGUGUUUCUCACUGAGAGGCUUUUUUUUAAUCACCCAUCUGAGAUUGGUUUGACCGUCUGCAUGUCUUUGUCUUAGGCUCUCCUCCUUCUGUCUAGGCCUUGACUGAAAUGUUUUGUACCAAGGAAGGGAAACAAAGACGCAGCUUUUCCUGUUGGUUGUUUCUUUACUAACAAUUUUGUAGUGAAAAGAAAAACUUCUUGUUUUGGCAACUGUAUUUUAUCCACAUAAUAAAUUUUGAAGAUACUGUACCAUUA